AUGACUCUGAGCCUGAGUUCUCUCUGGUCAAAGACCGCAAUGUCAUCUGGUCCCAGGCAACCUGCUAAACCAAAGAAAUUACCGAUGUAUCCUACAGACCUGAUCUUCGCCGGAACGCCGUGGACGCCAAGAGCGCUUGGUCCGCGGUCGCACACUCUUGGAACCACGAUGCCCCUGGCGAAGAACUUUAUAGGCAAUAGGACGGGCAUAUUAGGCGCUAUGCUAACUGGAACUAACCUCACUACAUUGAAGGAUGAAGCGCAGAAGAUUGUGUACACCGUGAUGAUACCCAACUGGGGCGGCGUUACUAUCGAUGACAUUGUCAUUAGUUCCUGGAAUGGAUAUAAGUUUAACGGAAACCAGAAUGGCUAUCAGAUUACUGAGACUUCUGAUGCUGUUGACGGUGAUGGUAAUGAGGGCAACUUGAUCUUUGAGGCUUGUGUGCGAACUAUGAGGAUUUUCCUUGUCGCAAGCUUCAGUUCGCUAACUCUUGCAACUGAGUGGGUUGAGAGGUAG